GUCGGACGAGCAGCCAGACCGCCUCAGGCGCUGGACAACAGGAAGAGGUGGCGGCGGGCGGCAGGCUGGCUGAAAAAGGCACAGGAGCCGCCGCCGCCACCACCCUCCUCCUCUUCCUAUUCCUCCUCCCCCAGCGCCGCGGCCCAGUAGGAGGGACCCAGAGGCAGAGCAACCAGCCAGGGCUCAUUCCCGGGUAGGGGGGAGACUCGCUGCCACAGCCCCACCAUGGCCACCAAGGCUCGGGUUAUGUAUGACUUUGCUGCUGAACCUGGAAACAAUGAGUUGACCGUUAAUGAAGGAGAAAUCAUUACAAUUACUAAUCCGGAUGUAGGUGGAGGCUGGUUGGAAGGCAAAAACAGCCAAGGAGAACGAGGACUAGUUCCGACAGAUUAUGUUGAAAUUGUACAUGAAAGUGCCAAAGAUGGAAUUUCAGUAGCUGACCAAGCCUUUUUUGACUGCCUCUCCUCAAAUACUGCACAGACUAAUUUGCAAGCUGCGAAAAACAGUAGCCAGGUGGAUUUUCUGGCAUCCUCUGCUCACACACCUAUUUUGGAAAUUUUUACUCAGUCUCCACCUUCAACUCCUUCUACAAGAAAGACUGUUAGCAGUGCAAAUGACCCCUGGUCAAGCUGGGACAAUACAACAGCUGCUGAUAACUGGGCAACAAAACCUGAAGCUAAGCCGAAAAAUAGCACUUCAAACAACUGGGAUGCAGCAGCAUUCGGUCAUCCACAGGCUUAUCAAGGUCCAGCGGCUGCUGAUGACGAUGAUUGGGAUGAUGACUGGGAUGACCCCAAAUCAACGGCUGCUCCCUAUCUUGGUUAUAAAGAGACAGAGCCUUCUGACCCAGCAGGACUUCAACGUGGGAAUAGCCGUGGAGCUGCUAUGAAAAUACCACUUAACAAAUUUCCUGGAUUUGCAAAACCUGGAGUGGAACAGUAUCUGAUGGCAAAGCAGCUAGUAAAACCCAAAGAGAAAAUUCCUAUAAUUAUUGGAGAUUAUGGUCCAAUGUGGGUUUAUCCUACCUCUACAUUUGACUGUGUUGUGGCUGAUCCAAAAAAAGGUUCUAAAAUGUAUGGACUGAAGAGCUACAUCGAAUAUCAGCUUACAUGUACAAACACAAAUCGAUCUGUCAACCACAGAUAUAAACACUUUGACUGGUUAUAUGAGCGUCUCUUGAUUAAGUUUGGAUCAGCCAUUCCAAUUCCAUCUCUUCCAGACAAACAAGUUACAGGGCGCUUUGAGGAGGAAUUCAUCAAAAUGCGGAUGGAGAGGCUACAAGCUUGGCUGACCAGGAUGUGUCGUCAUCCAGUUGUUUCAGAAAGUGAACUUUUUCAGCAGUUCCUUAGCUUCCGUGAUGAAAAGGAAUGGAAAACAGGUAAAAGGAAGGCAGAAAAAGAUGAGAUUGUGGGCGUUAUGGUCUUUUCUACUAUGGAACCAGAAGCUCCUGACUUGGAUAUGAUAGAAAUUGAACAGAAAUGUGAUGCAGUCAGCAGGUUCACCAAAACCAUGGAUGAUGGAGUUAAGGAGUUGUUGACAGUGGGCCAUGAACACUGGAAACGUUGUACUGGACCAUUACCGAAGGAAUAUCAGAAAAUAGGAAAAGCUUUACAGGGUUUAGCACUGGUUUUCAAUACCAGCGGCUAUCAAGGAGAGACUGACCUCAAUGAAGCAAUAACCGAAGCAGGAAAAACAUAUGAAGAAAUUGCUGGUCUUGUGGCAGAACAGCCGAAGAAAGAUCUCCAUUUUCUGAUGGAAACCAAUCACGAAUACAAAGGAUUUCUUGGAUGCUUCCCAGAUAUCAUAGGUGCUCAUAAGGGAGCAAUAGAAAAAGUGAAGGAAAGUGAUAAACUAGUUGCUACUAGCAAAAUUACACCACAGGAUAAACAAAACAUGCUGAAACGCGCAAGUACCAUGUCAUUUGCACUACAAGCUGAGAUGAAUCACUUUCACAGUAACCGGAUUUAUGAUUAUAAUAGCGUGAUGCGCUUGUACCUAGAGCAGCAGGCACAGUUCUACGAAACGAUUGCACAAAAGCUGAGGCAGGCUCUCAGUCGCUUUCCAAUGAUGUAGAUACAGACAGCUAAUGAAGAACAACUCCAAAGUGCUUUUCUGAUUUUUGGUGGGGGCAGUGCAAAUUUAAAAAGUGUUAUGUCUUUUGUUAUCCAAAAAGCCUUUUUUAAAAAUAUGAGAUGCAAAAAAGUGGAAACUUCAGACGUUUACUUUGUUUAGCCUAAAUGCCUUGGAUAUUUAUGUAUAUUUUUAUCCUGAAUGUUUUUUCUUCCUAUCUAAGCAAAACUGGAAAGUACUCUACAUGAUAGGGCUUUAAAUUGCCAAAUGAUUUCUUGCCAGGGGUUACAAAAAUUACAUAAUCCUAAACUCUUCAGAGAUAUUCAGUGUCAUCUGAUUAGCUAUACUUUAAGAGAGUAAGAAAAAGUCAGAAUAAGUGUCUGUAGAUAUAUAAAUGUCCUUUAAAAACUUUUUUUUAUCCAAUUGUUAAAAUAUUUUGUAACAUCCAAGUAAAUUCUUUGGUUAAGUGUGUGCUGUCGAGAACAAAGGUUCAUCCCCUCUCUGCUGAAGCAAUGAUACACAGUCUCUCUAUGUAUAUGUUUCUUCCCCACCCCUGUUCUUAUGCCACAGAUGCCUCUAAAUUUGAAGGCUAGAUUUCCGCGCGCGCACACACGCCUGGCAAUAUGAAAAAGAGUUGCAGCUAGAAACAACCAUUCCAAACAUCUGGAAGAUAUAGUUUCAUCCAAUAAUUCUGAAACAUGCAACUCUGUUACUUCCCAGUGAUAGUUAGUGCUGUGUAUGAGGGCUGUUUCUGCUUUGUUCUCAGCAAGUGCAGACUGUCAUUAGUGGCUCAUGCCCCAUCAUUACUGGUAUGAUAGAAAAUGUCCCAAGAACAUUGCUGUGUUUUGGCUCCCCUUAUAAUAGCAUGAUGUGAUGCUAUCUCCUUGACCCACCUUUUCAAAAAUUUAAUCCCAUAAUGGUCAAGAGUGUCGGUAUGUUUUGUAGAGGAAAAGUAAACUUUCAGGUGUCAAGUACAAUACGGGCUUAUCACAGGAACAGCUGCUUCAAAAUGGAACGGUGCUUGGAAUAUUAGCUUCAGGCCACAAGUGAGAGAUAUACGAUAUUUCAAAGAGAAAGAUAUUGCCACAGACAGACUAUGGUGCCAAAUGCAACUUUCACUAGAAUUUUUACUUUAGAAGUAAGCCAUUUAUUUUACUCACAAAGCCAUUCUAAGUGACGGGUAUAUUCUGUAAUGUCUAUUGACUUACAUGCCAUUGUCAUUUGUGUGUUCUGUACUAACUUUUAGAAUAACAAAGAAUGUCAAGGUAAUAUGAAGCCCCACCAAAAUAAUAAUCCCAAAAUGUAAGCCUGGCUAAAAUGCUCUUCAUUGUCAUGUUUCCUACACACUUUGUUUUAUUCUUAAUUUAGUUAGUCUUCCAAAAUUCCAUAAAGUGUUAUGAUAUAGCCAUUGAAAUAUAUGUACAAAUUGUAAAGAAUGUGUAUAAAUGUUUUACACCAAAUGUAAUAAGAUCUAUCUUGCAUGUAGAAGCAAUUUAUGCAGUUAUUGCAAAGUGUAUAGUAAAUUGUAAGGCAAUUUUUCACAGCACCACUUUUUCAGCAUUUGUAUAUUCACUUUUUGUGUCAAAAUCUUUGUAACUGGUUCUCUGGAUAUUUCUUUUUACAAAACUGAGUUAAUCCUGACAACAUAGUUGUAGAUGUAGCAUCUUUUACAGGCAAACUGGGGAUAGAAGAGGUAGUUUCAGUGUGGAAAAGCCAUGUGCAUAGCAAGACAAUUUGGAACAAAGUGAUCUGUAACUUUCUAGCAAAUUAAGUCUUUAAAUUGGUAAUAAAUAUUUAUACAUAUAAGGUGCUUUGCUUUGUUUUCCCCACAGAUUUCACACUACUACUCAUUGUAAAAUUUGGUGUUUGCAAUUAUGUCUUGAUGACUCAUCUAACUGUGUUCAGAAUUUCUUAAAUCAAAAGUAUCCUUUCAAAACAAAGUUAUCAAGACCAAUUAGAACAUUACAAAAUAGUAAGCAAACUCUUUAGUUCAGCACAACUCUUUUUAAGGCUUGAUUCUUAAGGAAAAUCAAAAUGGGGGGGGCAGAGGGGAGAGAAAUGUUUUUGGGCAUGAUAGAAAAGCCCCAUAGCUGCAGAUGCACUGGGGAGAGUUGUAGGGUGCAUAUUCCGUUAAUUUUGACCAAUCCUAUUGAUCCUCACAAAGACUGUGUGUGCCCCAAACAAAGGAUAGUGACAGGCAAGCUGUCUUUCUCAGGGAAUCUUGUCUGUCAUGAGUGAUUUUCUCAUAGAAGCCAUACCACAGUUUGAAAAAUACUACUUAAAAUAUUUGCUAUGAAGCUUUAACAAAGUUCCCUGUGUGCGCUGCAUUUUGGCUUUUUUAAUAAUAAAAAAGCCAACUAAACAUAAAGCAGAAUAUUCUGAUAAUCAAGAGUGCAUGUUAUUUAAUAUAUACUUUAUCAUUCCUGAA